ACAGCAUCCUCCCUCCCUCACACACGGUCACACAUCCUCCUUCCUCACACACACACGGUCACACAUCCACAUACACACGGUCACACAACCUCCUCCCUCACACAGCUUGUCACAGUCUUUUUUCUUCCACAGAACUUAUACACUCCCCCGCUCACACACGUUGUUGCAUCCACACCAUUCUUACAUCACCCCCGGCUCUACCAUAUACCAUAUGACACACCCUCCUCGUUGACAUAUUAUUUCCUAACCCCACAGACCUCAUCACACCUCAUCACACGACAAAAGCCCUCCCAACCCUGUUACUCUAUUACCUUAUUUCUCCUUAUUUCC